AUGAUGAAGCACCUCUUGCUCAACCCGCUGCUCCUCGGCUCCCUCGCCUCAGCCCCGGCCUCGGCAAUCCUCACCUGCCGCCCCGAGGGUCCCGUCUUGCCCAAGCCGCGCCUCCGGGACUGGCCGCCCUUGCAAGCCGCCGCCGCCAACUUGACCCGCGCCCUCGACGCCGUCGCCGUCUCCCAGACCGCACCCGCCGGCUGGCCCGUCGCCAACGUCUCCUUCUCCGUCGCCAUCGUCUCGCGCGACCAGGGCGACGCGGGGAUCCCGCUGUGGGAGUACCACCACCUGGCCGCCGCCAACGUCAGGGGUACCAGCACCCUCGACCGCGACGCCCAGUAUCUCAUCGGCUCCGUGUCCAAGGUCGUCUCCGACUACAUCCUGCUCAAGAGUCCCCUCGACCUGGACGCUCCCGUGACGAGGUACCUUCCCAGGCUUGGCAGCUCCUCCUCUCUUGUGCGGUGGGAGGACGUGAGUCUGAGGAUGCUCGCGUCGCAACUCUCGGGGGCUCCCACAAACUAUGGCUUCUCCGAGUUCUACUACCUGAAGGACGUCUUCCGCGCGUACGGUUUUCCACACAUCGAGGACGCGGCCUAUCCCCCGUGCGGCGUCAUAGCUCUCAACGGGCCCUGCUCUCAAGAUGACUUUUUCAAGGGCAUGGCCGAGUCGAACCCCGUCGUGGCGCCCAUGGAGCGACCAGCUUACUCCAACAUUGCAUUUACCAUCUUGGCCCUGGCCAUCCAAGAGGUGACGGGCAAGAACUAUUCGCAGCUAGUCGACGAGCUGGUCGCCAAGCCGCUGCGCCUCCGCAACACGAUGCCCUCCCCCGGCGACGACGCGAGGGCUGUCAUCCCGCCGGGAGAGAGCAGUUGGGGCGUCGACUAUGGCAACAACGCACCCGGCGGCGGACUCGUGUCUUCGCUCGCAGACCUGUCGAGGCUCGCCCACGGCAUCCUCGCCCGCUCUAUCGAUCUCACGCCCAGUCAAACCCGCCAAUGGCUCAAACCGCAGGCCUACAGCGGCGGCUACAGCGCCGUCGGCAUGCCCUGGGAGAUCUUCCGGCCGCACAACCUCACGCCCAGGCAUCCGCAUCCCGUCACCGUCCUCGGCAAGGGCGGCGGCGCCCAGUCGUAUCACAGCCAGUUCUCAAUCGUAGACGAGUACGGCAUCGGGUUCAUCGUCCUCUCUGCGGGGUCCAUGGACGCCGCCUUGCUCCUCUACGACGCUUUGCUCGGCACCUUUGUCCCCGCGGCCGACGGGGCGUCCAGGGAGCAGGCAGAGGAGCAGUACGCGCGCACGUUCAAGGCCGGAGUGUGUGCCAACAGCAGCGAGCUCGAGGUGACUUUUGACCUGGACCAAGACUCUCUGCGAGUAUUGUCAAUGCGAAGCAACGGCUCCGACAUGCUCGAGGCCCUGACAAAGGUCUGGUCCCUCACCAUGGGCCAGUUCAUGGGCAACCUGAGCCCUGCCGCCCGCCUCUUCCCCACAGAGCAGGAUCAGGAGGCAACGCUGCGCGGCAGGCCUGUCACCCGCGAGGUGUGGCGCCUCUGGCCCGAGCUGGGUCCAGCAGCCAAGUCCCAUCUUCCCAGCUCCGGCACCAUGGCCGAUGAUUGCCUUUCGUGGACGCUCGCGGACUGGGUGCAUUACGGGGGCGAGCCCCUGGACAGGUUCCUCUUCUACAAGGACGCCCAGGGCCGCGUGGUCGGUUUCGAGGCUCCGUUUCUGCGGUCGGGCAUCUUGCCGCCCGCCGGGGAGAAAGGCCUCUGCUGA